AUGUUCGCCCGCCUCUCUACUGCUUUUGUUGUUGUUCUCGGCUUGAUGACCCUUGUCAACGCUGGAACAGUACCAGUCGCUCGCGCAGUUUAUGACCUUGACAAGCGUAACUAUGUCGCGAGAGGGGCCAACUAUGAGGUACUUCAACAAGUUGCACGCGAAGAGACUCCAGAACCAGACCCUGGUAAACCAGAACCAGACCCAGGCAAACCAGAACCAGACCCAGGCAAGCCAACACCAGACACAACCAAGGAGUAG